AUGGCCUCUUUUGGUCCAGGCAACGACAGCACACUCUGUUCUGGAGGCCUACUACAAAUGUCUCGGGUUUCCCAACCAGAUAUCUAUCCAUCUCUUGUCAUAACGUCUCACCAUCUACCUAUAGUCAAGAAAGCAAGACUCCCCUCCCCUUUCUUCCCCCUUCACCCACUCCCCACCCUCCCACCAUCCAACCCCCCAAAAAAAGAAAAAAAGAAAGAAAAAUUUCCCCCCACAUCCUCUCCCUCCCCGCCGAACUCCUCAGCCAAAUCCUCACCUCCCUCCCUCUCCCCUCCCUCCUCCGCUUCUCAGAAACCUGCCAUCCAGCCCGCACCCUCGCAAACGCAAACCUGCAAUCCCUCUCUUUGGGAAUCUCCCCGAUCCCCUACCCUUACUCCUUCUCCGCCUCAAAACCCUUCUUACUCCCCUCUCAAAUAUAUCCUUCCCAACCCACCCACCCACCCCCACGAGCGCUGGCUCCACAUCCCAAACAUCACCACAUACGACUACACCACCCUCUCAAACUUCCAAUCCGCACUGAUAACCAGCAUCCUAACCCGGCACCACCCCCUUCUUUCGCACGUCGACAUCACUAUCUGGACCAUGAGCGUGCGCAUGGCACACGCACUCCGAAAUCUCUCCGCGCUACAGCGCCUCGAGCUACGUUUCGACGCGGGCAACCCCGGGCGCGCAGUAUCACGCGCGCAGAUUGGCGUAGAGAGGGAGCAGCAGAGGCGGGCGUGGGAUGUACUUGCGGGGAGUACGCCGAGCUGGAGUCGGAGGCUGGUGAGGUUGAGGAUUGAGGGUGCGGUGGUGAGUACGAAGCAGAUUGCGGUGUUGCUGGGGGAGAGUAGGGGGUGUGAAGAGCUGGUUUUGGAGCGGUGUAGCGGUGUUGGGAGUGAGGUUUGGACGUUUCUAGGGAGUUGGUGUGGGAAGGAGCGGGUUAGGAGGGUGGAGUUUGGGGAGUGUGGGGGGGUAAUUCGAGAGGGGGUUUUGGGGGUUAUUGGGGGGAUGGGUGGAUUGGAGUAUCUUAAUCUUUAUGAUUGUCAGGAGGAACUUGCGCCGGGGACGCUAGAGAGAUGGAACGAGGAGGUUUGGCGGAUACCGCAUUUUGUGGCGCCGAGGCCGAGUGCGUUUGGGGUGGAUAUGGUGGUUGAGGUUGAUCCGGAGUAUGUGUCUUAG